ACUGACACAGACACAUAUAGACACCGGAGCUCAGAAGAGUACUAGAACAGCCACUUGUGUUCACAUACUAUAAACCUUGCUGAGCAUAACUGGACUAAGAAACUAUUUUUCACACAGAUUGUGAGGAGUAACAUAAUUUCAGGGCCUACUUCAUGUGGGAAGGAGGAGAGACUGUUUAACAAGAAGUAAACAGCUGAGAAAGAUUGUCAUCAUGAAGUUACAUGUGGCACUAUUUUUUGCUGAGCUCUUUGGUGCCUUGGCAACUCUAUUCAUUCUCUUGUCUUUUGGCACGGACUAUUGGCUCUUGGCAUCAGAGACCUGCAAUUCACAUUCAAAUGGUCCGGUUACUUUGCAGCGAGGUGAUAUUAUGUUUAACCGGGGUCAGGACCAAUUUAGUGAAGACCAGAACAUUACUUUUCAUCACGAGGGCUUCUUUUGGCGCUGUAGCUUUAAUGAAUUCAUGAACAAUGAUGAUCUGUGGAAGUUCUGGUUUGAAAAUCAGCCACAUGCGAGGGAAUGCAAACCUGCAUAUCUUCUUCCCUUUCCGUUCCCUGACCAGAUCUACAACACUACCAGUUAUCAGACUGCCAUAAGUACGUUUAUUGAUUGUUGA